AUGGUGUCAAAUGUGAAUAGCUGGGUGUGGUUGGCAGUCGUAGUGCUAAUCGCAUUACUACGCUAUGUCUCCCGGUGGCUUCAAUUGGGUACGCCCAAAAACUUCCAAAUCGAAGACCUUGUGAUGAUUGUCAAUGUGGUUCUCUACGUUCUAUUAACGGUUUACUUGAUCGAGGUCGAAAAGCACGGGACCAAUGGGAUUCCCUUAGACAAAGUCGACCGCAUUGAUCCCUCAACAAUACCGGAUCUUAUCAAGGGGAGUAAGCUAGUGCUUGUAGUAGAACAGCUAUGGCUAGGAGUCAUCUGGGGAUGCAAGGCAUGCUUGCUCUUGUUAUACUCGACCAUGACAUCGGGCCUUUCGCAACAUCGAAUUGUCAAAUUCAUCGGUGCAUUCUGUGCGCUGAGUUUCGUGCUAGUUGAAAUCCUCUUUUUCGCAGCAUGGUGUCACCCUUUCUCCGCCUACUGGUCGGUCCCGCCAAAAAACAUACAAUGUUCCGUCUACCGCAAUCACCUCAUCCUCGUCUUGGCCCUGAAUGUUGCUACCGACCUCAUGAUCAUGUGCAUCCCAUUGCCCCUCUUGAUUAAAGCCAAGCUAAGCCUCUCCAAGAAGCUUACGCUGUGCGCCGUUUUCUCACUGGGUAUAUUCGUCAUCCUCUGCUCGAUCCUCUCCAAGUACUACUCUAUAUCGAAUCCCUACGGAGACCGCUGGGUGGACUGGUACGUCCGGGAGGCAGCGACGGCCAUUGUAGUCGCUAAUAUCCCUCAAACAUGGACAUUGUUCCGGCGAAUGUUCAACUGGAAGUCCUUCUUGGCACACUCGUCAUAUAACCGCAGCCACAGCCGAAGCAAGUACACCAAUCGUCUGGAUAGCUCCACCAUCCAUCUCUCGCGAUUCAAAGGUGGAGAUAAAUCGCAUACGCACUCUGUCGACAUCACGGCGUCUGGGGAGCAUAUUAAUCGGGACGAGCCGUUGGAAAUCUGGGAGCAUCGUCAGUUCCAUGUCACGAAUGAACCGGGAGCAUCGAGCGAUAGCGGUAGUCAGAGCAGUAUCAGCUUGGAGUUUGAUACUACUGGGCUGAAUCCGCAAGGCAAGACGACCGUGACGACAAUGCCUUGA